GGCGGCGCGCACGCGCGGGGAACAUGGCGGCGGCGGAGCCCUCGGUGGCGGCGCUGGCGGGCGGCGGUGUGGGCGCGGGGGCGCCGUCGGGCGGCGUGCCGGUGCUCUUCUGCUUCUCGGUGUUCGCGCGGCCCGCGUCGGUGCCCCACGGCGCGGGCUACGACGUGCUCAUCCAGAAGUUCCUGAGCCUGUACGGCGACCAGCUCGACAUGCACCGCAAAUUCGUGGUGCAGCUCUUCGCCGAGGAGUGGGGUCAGUACGUGGACCUGCCCAAGGGCUUCGCGGUGAGCGAGCGCUGCAAGCUGCGCCUGGUGCCGCUGCAGAUCCAGCUUAUGACCCUGGGAAACCUCACACCUCAGAGUACUGUGUUUUUCUGCUGUGACAUGCAGGAAAGAUUCCGUCCAGCCAUCAAGUACUUCGGAGACAUCAUUAGUGUGGGACAGAGACUGUUGCAAGGAGCUCGGAUAUUAGGGAUUCCAGUCAUCAUAACGGAACAAUACCCCAAAGGACUUGGCAGCACCGUUCAAGAAAUCGACUUAACAGGUGUAAAACUGGUUCUUCCAAAGACCAAGUUUUCGAUGGUGUUACCUGAAGUCGAAGCAGCGUUAGCUGAGAUUCCUGGUGUGCGGAGCGUCGUGUUGUUUGGAGUAGAAACACACGUGUGUAUCCAGCAAACUGCCUUGGAGCUGGUCGGCCGAGGCAUCGAGGUUCACAUCGUCGCGGACGCCACCUCCUCGAGAAGCAUGAUGGACAGGAUGUUUGCUCUUGAGCGUCUUGCUCGCACUGGGAUCAUCGUGACUACUAGUGAGGCUGUCCUCCUACAGCUGGUGGCUGACAAAGACCACCCGAAGUUCAAGGAGAUCCAGAACCUAAUUAAGGCGAGUGCCCCGGAGUCGGGUCUGCUUUCUAAAGUAUAGGAGACAUGAAGGAUCAAGGUCCCCGUUCCCUCCAGGCAAUGGGACUGCAAGCCACACAAGCCCUUGUCUCCACUAGAACUAAUAUGUAAAGUCAACAGCUCCUUCUUUGUGGCUUUUAGUAAUCCUUAACUGGCUAGACCAUCAUGUACAAGCGUUUAGUUACGAUGUCGAGGCUUCAGGUGCUGCUUAUCAUCUUUGUUUCCUAACGAGCUUUUAGUUAUUAAGACAAAUUACCAUGGAGGUGCCUGUCUCGUCUAUACUGUAUACUCUGACCGUAUCUUUCCAAAGUGCACCCUCUGGUGAAGUAUUCUUAAAUUGUGCACUUUAAUGGAAAACAAA